AUGUCGACCCUCGUGGCGACUCGACAGGCGCUGGAAAUCCUUAGCAUGAACGACCAGCAGAAGCGCCGAUCGAGCAAGCGGCUUGCGGCCGCGACCGAAUACGAGGAGGAUGAUGACUUCCAGUUCGUUCGGAAAUCGAAACGGCAGAAGUCGGAUGAGGGGGAAUCGGGGAGGAAACUGGGCCCCGGGCGCCCGUCGGUCAAGGACAGGGCCGUCAAAGAAACGAGCACACGCAGAGAGCCGGCCGAGACUGCGAGUUCCACAGCAGCAACGACAAAGGGCACCGCGACGAGGAGAUCUUCACGGCGGAAACAGAGCAUCGAUGAGCCUCCUCCAGACGAAGCGCACUUGAUGGUUCCGAAACGACCAACGCGACAGAGCAAACGGCUAUCGGGCGAGCCAAGGGCGGAGGAAAGAAUAGCCAGUGGCGCAUCGCGCAUGCAGGGCCGUGCCUCUGCCUUGGUGGCUUCCCUGGUGGAGGAGGCGAAGGAAGAGGAAGAGGCCGACGAAAUGAGGGAAUCGACGGCGCUGGCACAAGUCCAAUCGACAAAGAUUUCUCUUCCGAUGAGCGACACACCCAUCAUCAGCCGCAACAAGGACAUGCGCAAAAAGGGAAACUCCAAUCGGAGGAGCAGUCUCGGGUCGCGGGGCCGCAGAGCGAGCUCGUUGAUUGAGAGCGGCCAGACGGCGAUUCCGCAUCGCGAGGUCGAUCCUACAGCCUUCUACAAGCACAUCGGCGCUGACUUGAUGGAACCGAGGAGGAUGAAGCAACUGCUCAUGUGGUGCGGAGAGCGCGCCUUGUCGGAAAAGCCGCCUCUUGGGACGCCGAAUGCGAAUGCCAUCCUCGGAGCUCGUGCGAUACAGGACCAACUACUUAAGGAUUUCGCAUCUCGGUCGGAGUUUUCCGACUGGUUUGCCAGGGACGAUGAGGGUGCACCGACGCCGAAGAUCAUCUUGAAGCCAAAUCCCCGAAACAUAGAAAUGGACGAGAAGCUGGCGACGCUACAGGAGAAAGUAGAGAGAUUACGGGAGGAAAAAGCAGCUUGGCAGGCGAUGAAGAAACUGCGAGUGGAGGAGCCUAUACUAUUUUCAGACGAGACAGAAACGGACCAGAUCAUCCUGCCGGAUUUUGAUCUUCUUGAUGCUGAGGAGGGCGAAAUACGAGGUUAUCUAGCAGACGAAGCCAAUUCGUUCGCGAGCAUACGGUCCAAAACGGAGUCGAGGCUGCGGGAAAUUCAGUCUCGAUUGGAAUUCGAGACAGAUCAGCUGGCCGACUAUGUACACAAACUGGAGCAGCGAGUCUUGGUGGCUGGCAAGGAGGCAGAUGGGGUGCUCCGAGCCAGCGCAGGACGACUGCGAGAGCGCGAGCAGCGCGAGAGGACGAAAGUGGGGACGAGGGAUAUGCCCAUGAUGGAGGUGCUCAGAGGCUUAAGCAGCAUCCUUCCCGAGGGCAACGGUGGAUGA